AUGUGUGUAUGUGAUAUUAAUCGAUUUUCUAAUUGUUUUCUAUUUAAUCAUACAUCAAAUAAUGAUUGUCAAGGAUAUAAUCGUUGUGAAAAUGGUGGUCAAUGUUUUCAAAACAAUGAAACAUGUCCAACAAAAUCAACUUGUAUAUGUCCAGAUUGUUAUUAUGGUGCUAAAUGUCAAUUUUCAACGAAAGGCUUUAUGUUUUCACUUGAUUCAAUUCUUGGAUAUCAUAUUAAACCAAAGAUAUCAAUUAAUCGACAACCACUAAUUAUUAAAAUAAGUAUUCUUAUUAGUACAAUUAUGUUAAUAUCAGGAUUAAUUAGUGGAUUAUUAUCGAUUGUAACAUUUCGUAGAAAGAAACCAAGACAAGUUGGUACUGGUUAUUAUCUUUUAUUAUCCUCGAUUACUUCAAUAUUUACAAUAAUUAUAUUAACUAUUAAAUUUUGGCAAUUAAUUUUUUCACAAAUGUCUUUGAUCAAUAAUCGAUCUAUACUGUAUUUCAAUUGUAUCUCCAUAGACGUUAUUCUUAAAAUUUUUUUAUCAUCAAGUGAAUGGCUAAAUGCAUGUGUAGCUAUUGAAAGAAUAAUUAGUAUUAUGAAAGGUGUUCAUUUUAAUAGGAAAAAAACAUUAGCUUAUAAUCGCAGUGGUGUACAACCUGAUCAAUCAUUUCAACAACAUUUACAACAUCAAAUACAAAAACAUCAACAUUUUUUAUUUGCACCAUGUACGUUAAUAUUAUUGAAUUUACCUCGAUUGAUAAUUUCAUUUACAAAUGGAUGUAUGAGAUCAGCACGUAAACCAUGGUUAUAUCUUAUUGGUUAUUUUGUCUCAUUUAUUCCAUCAAUGUUAAUAUUCUUUGUUUUUAUAUUGCCAUCAAACAAUUACAAAAAUGAAUUUAAUACAAUGCUUCAAGAAACAAUGAUAAGAUUUCGUAGAUCUUCUUGA